ACUUAAGUAUGUGUCAUUUAAUGUCGAGUAUAGCGAAGUGAUUGUGCACGUAAUUGGAAUAAUAAGCCUAAUUAUUCUAGCGAAGUGAUGCACGUAAUUGGAAUAAUAACCCUAAUUACUCUGGCGACUAGUGUUUUUGGUGGUGCUGUUAUCAAUAAUAAUCAAACUUUAGAAGAAAAAUGCAAGUUAACGUUUCGUUCAGAAAAUGUAGUUUUUCUUGAUUGGCAUAUACAGAACAAAACUGAUUCCAAAGCAAUAUCACAGUACCAGAGUAAAAUAGAAAGUUAUGGUCGUUAUCAAACUGUUUCUUAUUAUGUUAUACCAAAGAACAACACUCUGCAUAUUAAUAUUAACGGAGAAACAGUCAAGAUAUUCUACAAUGUUAACAUCGAUUCUGCCAGAGUUAUAUUAAACACUCCAGCUAACGAGACUAUUGAGAUUUCUUCUAAGGAGGACAAGACGUGCAAGACAGUGUGCCGACCAAAGUGUAUCCAUUCGGAAGAAAACAAAGAAAAUGCUUUUGGUGGUUCUCCAAAUUCUAGUUCAGGAAGCUCUCCAGUAUCAACAGGGGUAUACCUAGCAAUUUUCGUCGCAGCAUAUCCUCUAAUAAUAAUUUAUUAAGAAGAAAAAAAACUAGAAAAUAUUAUACUACUGUAACAAAAGUUGUUUUUGUGUUAUUAUUUUAUAUAAUUUUCUUAUCUAAUUAUUUCAACUUGUCUGGGUUGUAUUUCGAAUAGCUAAAUAAAUUUUUGAGUUCGAA